GGCAACAUUGUCCCCUUUCUUUUUUGACAUUCAUCGAUUUUCUUGUGUGUUAUUUUAUAACAAUCAUAUAAAACAUGGAAAACGACGCCGGUGAAACCGUUGACUUGUACUGCCCGAGAAAAUGUUCUGCUAGCAACAGAAUUAUUCAUGCUAAAGACCACGCUAGCAUUCAACUCAGCAUCGCCGAUGUUGAUCCUUUGACCGGAAGAAUGACCGAAAGUUCCAAAAGCUACGCUCUCUGCGGGGCUAUCAGACGCAUGGGAGAAUCGGACGAUUGUAUUGUGAGGUUAACGAAGAAAGAUGGAAUUUUAGCCAAAAACUUCUAAAUCACAACUUCGUUAAAUCAUUCAGGAAAUGUAAAUUAAACUUUUCUAAUAAAUAAACUAUCAUCUAAGGUU